UGUCUCCUCUUUCUAGGGAUAUGGAAACUCUGGAGGCAUCUAGGUUUGACCUUGCGGAUUGUCUAAUUUGCGGGGACGUACGGUUCAAAAUAGAUGGGUCUCCAGCUUAGGUUGUUUACCAUCAUAUCCUAAAGGUUCUCUACAACGUGUAAGUGGCACGCAAUACAAUUUAUCGAAGCCAGCAUUUUAAACAUAAACUCGAAUACCUCACUAGUCAUGGGCUCCAACGAUGUUUCAUCUCUCGUCAACCCGUUACAUCCUACUUUAGUCGACAGACUCGAUCCGGCCUUCGCCGAGAUCUACCUUCGCUACCAAGCGCCACGCCUACGGGCUGAUCAAGUUCCAUACGAGGAGUAUAAUCGUGACCGAAAAAAAUAUGACUUCCCGACAGCUGAAGUCGCCAAACCGGCGCCGGACGUUGCCAGUGCUAAGAUAUACCAAGUUCCGGUCUCGAACCCUCCCGGCGAGAUAGCUGUACAGGUGUAUGUGCCAACAUCUGAAGCAAUUGCCAGUACUGGGCUUGAACGGCAAGGCCUGUUACCGGCACUGGUGAACUUUCAUGGUGGUGGUUUUGUGAUAGGGGGCCUUGACUCGGACGAAUCUCUGUGCCGCAAGCUCUGCCAGAGAGUUGGCUGCAUUGUGAUAAAUGUUGCAUACCGACUUGCGCCCGAAUAUCCUCAUCCAGUCUCGGCUACAGACAGUUUUCAGGCGCUAAAAUGGGUUUUCCAAAACACAGGAAUGUUAAGGAUAGAUCCAUCGCGCGUAGGCGUCGGAGGAUUGUCCGCAGGGGCAUGUCUCGCGGCUGUUCUGGCGUUGCAAGCUCGGGACGAUCCGACUUUACCACGGCUUGCCGUGCAGCUACUCAUCGUGCCGGUAAUUGACGCGAGAUUUGUUCCGAAGGAGGGUUCAUGCGACCCUGCGACGACACCGUACAGGAGCUACAUCGACUUCGAGUUUGCUCCGAUGUUGCCUCUCAACCGCCUAGUAUGGUUCUAUAACCUGUGGUUGGGAACGGACGAAAGCCGCGAAGAGAAGGCCAAAGACUUCCGCGCCUCUCCAAUCGUCGCGGAUUCGCAUGCUAACUUAGCUCCAGCUAUCAUCCGUUGUGCUGAGAUCGACCCUCUCGUCUCGGAGGGGAUUGCAUAUCAUGAAAAGCUGAUAGACGCUGGCACUCCUAGCAAUAUCAAGGUCUACAAGGGCCAGGGGCAUCCAUUCGGUCAUUGGGAUGGAUCCAAUCCAACAUCAAAGCAGUUUGUUACCGAUUGUGUUAAUGAGCUCAAAACUGCCUUUUCUGGGAAUUAAGGGGUGAUUUUUUUCUCUUUUUUUUUUCUGGCUUCGUUAAUAACAGGUAAAUAUACCAUGGUUAAGCGGAAGUGUUUAAUACAUGACAUAUAGAGGUAGCUGUUACCAGAUUCAGCUGUAUGGUUGAUAGCGUUUAUGUAUGACUUGCUCAACAGUAACAUACCUAGAAUGGACAGAAGUUAGCCGUCGA